GAUGCCCGAAAUUGGAGCUGUGCUUAUGAUGCUGCACUUACAGUUUUGUGGAAUAUGUUACAGGAUUAUGGAUCUACCCAUUUUCAACAUCUGGCAAUGUUCUAUCCGGCGCUACGAUGUCUUCAAACAGGAUUUGAGGCAAGUAUAUCUGACCUUCAUCUGCUCGAAGUUGUUCGCGAUGCUAUGCGGGAUAAGCUGUCAUCCUUACAUCCGCAGCGAUUUCCUCGCACUGGCACCAUGGAAUGUGCUAUUUUUGAUGUCGUCUCCACUUUGCUGACAUCUUCUACUCCUUUCGGUUGUUCAACUUAUACCUGUCCACAUUGCAGCUUCACGUCACUUUCACAUCAGGAACACCUUUCUUCCGCCACCUUCUCUGUCUACCCGUUCCAUUGGGAUCAAUCUGAACCCCGCCCCACCGUUCAGACCACGACGGAUUGUCUACGUCUAGUGUUCAAUUAUGCGAAUGGACCUGCAUGCCGAUCGUGUCUUCAUCCGAUGUCUUCCACCACUGUGAUUGAACAUGCCCCACCAAUGUUCGCACUGGAGAUUCAACGACCUGAUUCUGCUGGUCAACCCUCCAUUCUUCUCCAGAAUACUUGUUCUUUGUCUGCUGUUUCCGGUGAUGUUCUGUAUUCACUCAUUGGCAUUGUGUAUGCUGGAGGAAGACAUUUUACAAGCAGGUAUUUUGCGCGAGAUCACUCAGCCUGGUAUCAUGACAGUGCUGAAACCGGUCGAUCCUGUAUU